UUUUUUUUUUUUUAAUAUACUUUUUUUCCCCUCUUCGAAAGCUUGUGGCUGAGCUGUCCGGGAACCGCUCCGGAGCCUCCCUCCCAGCUCUCGCCAGGCUGAAGCCGGGGUCCCCCCGCCGCGGGCACCGGGGGCCGCCCAUGGCUGCGCCGCCACCGGGCGCCGCGCCCCGCUGAGCUCCGCGGGCACCGGCGGCCAUCGUCCCUCUUCGGCCGGCGGCUCGGCGACAGGAACCAGGGCGCCCACCAUGCUCCGGUGCUGGUGGCUCGCAGGGCUCCUUGUAGCCUGCGCUGCCGCGGAGCCGCCGCUGCGCUGGGAGCCGCGGUGCCGGCAGCAGCUCCGCCACCUGCAGGACGGCGCCAGGAUCGCGGCGCGGCUGCCGCCCCGCCUGGAGGGCCGCUGGGUCUCCACCGGGUGCGAGGUGCGGCCGGGACCCGAGUUCCUGACGCGAUCCUACCUCUUCUACGCCAACCGCCUCUUCAAGGCUUACCAGUUCUACUACUGGGACCCCUCCUGCCGGGAGCCCUCGUACUCCCUGGUCAUCAAGGGCAAGCUGCGCCUGCGCCAGGCCUCCUGGAUCACCCGCGGGGCCACCGAGGCCGACUACCACCUCCACAAAGUCGGCAUUGUUUUCCACAGCCAGAAGGCCAUGCGGGAGGUGGCCUCCUGGAUCAACCAGACCUCGGGCGAGGGCUGCAGCGGGUUCCUGCCGCCGGGGCGCACCUGGGCUCCCGGAGCCCUCUAUGAACUGCUGAGCGCCAAGUCCGAGCGCGACUGCACCGCAGCCCUGGGCUUCGCCAUGCACGAGCUCAGCCUCGUGCGGGUGGAGAAGCAUUAUCAGCCCUUGCUGGCGCCGCAGCAGAGUGGCAGCCAGCUGGUGGAAGAGCUGUACCUGGGGGACAUUCACACAGACUGGGUGGAGAGGCUCCACUACCGACCGACCGGUUACCAGCGACCGAUGCAGAGCGCCGUGCACCACGUGCAUCCUUGCCCGGCCUGUGGGAUUAUAUACCGAGCUGACGAACACCAUCCCCCCAUCCUCCCCGCCAGAGCCGAGCCGCCGAUGCAGCUGAGCGGCAGCUGGGUGAGCACCCACUGCGAGGUGCGGCCCGCGGUGCUUUUCCUCACCAGGUACUUCAUCUUCCACGGCAGCAACCACACCUGGGAGGGGUACUACUACCACUACUCCGACCCGCUCUGCAAGCAGCCGACUUUCACCAUCUAUGCGUCUGGGCGUUACACCCAAGGCGUCCCCUCCUCCAAAGUGAGAGGCGGCACAGAGCUGGCUUUUAAAGUCACGCAGGCUCGGGUGACGCCGAUGGACCAGCUAACGGUGAUGAUGCUGAACUCCUCCGAGCCAGGCAGCUGCGGGCUGACAAACUCCUGGAGUGCUGGGGUGGAGCAGGAUAUAACACCGACGAACGGCUGCUUGGCUUUGGGCAUCAAGCUGCCCCACACGGAGUAUGAGCUCUUCAAAACGGAGCACGACACAAGAGACCGCAGCCUGCUGUACGUUGGUGAGAGGCCCACAGACGGAUCCAGUCCCGACCAUCCCGACAAGCGACCCACCUCGUACCAGGCGCCUCUGAUCCAGUGUGCUGGGGCGCCAGAGGAGUUCUCUAACUAUGUUAGUCUAAAGUACUUGGGAGAAGAGGAUGCUAAUGGCAGUGAAGCACUAAAACCUUUGCCUGUGGCCUUUUUAUUGUUUAUAGCACUGCAGUUUUUAAGAUGGGACUAGCAAUCUAUUCAGGUACAGCACAGAAUCCAGAUAGUCUUGGUGCUAGUGUGAUUUUUAUAUCCUCCAAAUGAGUACAUCUGGAAUCAGUUUUACUUAGAUUUGGAAACACUUUUUUAAAAAAACAAAAACAAAAACAAAACACAGUGAAUGAAGCCAAGAAGAUAUGCCUAUGUUCUGUUUGUCCUGUGGCUUUAUUGCCUAAUCUCCCCUCUUCUGUGCAUAAAAAUUUAAUGUGGUGACAUGGAUGCACUGCACAUUCAGUAGAUAAUUUAGCAAUAUGAGGGGAAAAAAGAGCAACAUCAAUUACAAUUGCUGCUUUGAGCUUUUGACACUGCUAAGAUUUAAUCAAGGGCUUGAUUCAGAUGUAAUUCAAACAUCCAAAGUGUCAGCUGCUGAGUUUCUCUGAGGUUAAGUUCCCUCCCAUCGUACUCCUUAUUGCUGUUUGUGCAAAUUUGAUCUGCCGUGUCAGUCAGCAACAGCUCCGCAGUCAGCAAGUGCUCUUGGUAAGGGCACAGUUAAUCAGGCCUCUCUCAGUUUAAACUUUCUGCAGUUUUUGUGUCUGUGUACACACACGGAGAUGCAACGUACAGUCUUCCACUUAUCUGUGUACAAAAAGCCGCCCUCAGAGCAUUUCCCUGACAGACUGUUAUGCCUGACCCUGGUCCUAAGAGAUGAUAGAGUAAAUGGAGAAGGCGCGUGUGCACGACUGCUCUGACUCAGCACUGCGGACGCUGCAUCCUUGCUGCAUUAGUCCGGCUUUCCCAGUGCAGUGCAGGCCUGCGCCUCGGUACGUUAGCGAAGGCAGCGCGGCGCUGCAUGCGUGUCCAGCAGGCACGGGCACUGCCACUCAUCACUCCGACUCGCCAGGCACCGAGUGAAGCAAAAGAUCACUCAUGAGUCUUCUCAGGCCAUUUAUUUUCACUGACUCCUCUCUAAGCGUACUGGCAUACGGGUUGCUAAUCCAGCUGUCUUUUCAAUCAAAAUGUCACUUCCAGGCAUUCACGUAAAGGUGGCUUAUGAAUCUGCCUCUAGUGAACAGGGGGCUGAAGAGAGAACUGACCAGCUCCAGGAUAACUGGAGCUCCACCAGCAAGAAGGACAAAGUAAGAAAUUACAUUCCCUUGUCUGCUGCAGCUAAGAAGCACAUAACUUACUCGGGAAGACCUCCUCCCAGCAGCUAAACCCCCUCCAAAUAAACCUAUAUAUCUUACAAAGGAUAUUUUUGUUAAACCAUCUAUGCAAUAGCUACCUUCUUAAUGCUGUAUUUACAAACUUGCAGCUUGUACUUAGAUAAUUUAUGGGUUUUAUAACAUAAAAUACCUUUUUUUUGGGAAAUUGUACAUUAAUAAUUCAAAUGAGAUGCUUAUUAAAUGCGUACAAUUGUGACAAA